AUGGUCAUCCACAUUGAACCCUUCAAGUACUUGCCGGCACGUCUGGGGGAUAGUGCUUGUCUUCUUGAUGCUUCUGCACUGCUCUGCAACGUCUGGGAUAUCUACCGGCGUAAUGAGAAGAAAAUUCUAUUGUCCCAUAUGCCAGCUUACGGGAAAGCAAUCCACAGCUUGGCUCGUACUUUAGAAAGUGAUAAGGCUUACACAGUUGACACACUGGCAGCUGUUACAGUGAUACAGCAGGCAGAACUCUACUUUGAUCAAGGAAAUUCACGACUUCAACACGAAAAGGGUCUUAUGACUUUGUUCUCUAGAAUUGGUCCUCCCAAGCCCGGCGAUAAGCUUCAUGCUCGUCUUGGUAUGGCGGCAUAUGUUCUCCUGCUACCACAUUGGAUCGCUUCGGGUGGAGGGACUACUAAUGUCUUCGACACCCCCGAAUGGAUCAGUGCCUUCGCAGGCUCUGUGGCAGAUUAUCUUAACGCUGAAAAACUAAAACCUCUCCUAGAGGAGGCUUUUGAUUUUUAUAACACCUUGUGUGCUCGUUUCCCGCAAAUUCUUCAGGCCAUCAAAGCUCCUAGUGCAUAUAGCCUAGGGCUUUCUACUUCAAAGCCAUACGAUGUUACUAGACUUCUCCAAGGGCUCGCUGCUAAGUCGGAGCAAGCAUGUUCUGAGCUUCUUAAAAAGAUGAAAGAAAACAAUCUCCUGAAAGAGGAAGAGGAUCCGGAGUCUCCGUUUAUGUUGAAAUACUGGGUCCUAACCCCCUUCUCAUGCCAAUUCCUACUCGGCCUGCUUACCGUUCGCCUUAUCAUCCUUCUCGCGAGUCUCAAAUGGAAUUCAACUCAAGGAAAAAGUGAAAAAGCAGCUGCUUUGUUUGCUACCCUGAGGACGACGUGCCUCACAAUAUGGAGGUUCAUCCCAUUUCUUCGGGACCAUGAUUUGCUCACUGUGCCGCUCCCUAGGCAAUCGAUAAGUUCGACCUUUGCAUUCGCCAAUGCACAAGAAAAGGACUACAUGAUUGGUGUAUUUGAAAAGCUGGAUUUAUUUCAGACAACAAACAACGAUAGAAUUAAGGCUCUGAGAAGCCGAGCCUUAAUAGAGAGAGAUAAAUCGGCAAGCUGGAUUAAUGUCGAUGCAACCGUCACCGAGGACUCCGCAGGAGAUUUAUUCCACGGCUGGCUGAAUAAGUUCUUAUCACGACGUAUGUCUCAACGUAUUCAAUCAAGCUCAUUUGUUUCAACUACAACAUCAUAUAAAAGAAAUUAA